CCCACAUCUGCCCAAUCCCGUGGAACCCACUUCGCAUGAGUUUCUGAAGAGCUACUGAGCCAAUUUGCAGAGAGCAGAGUUUGGAAGACUUUAGAAGAAAACCCAGAUUCCCUUGGGAAUCUGAGCAGGAGGAAUCUCAGAAGUCAGGACAGACAGGAGCAGGAAAACAGAUGCUAUGGCUGCAGCCAUCCUGGGGAAUGUAAAGGAGGAGGUGACCUGCCCCAUCUGCCUGGAUCUCCUGACACAGCCUCUGAGCCUUGACUGUGGCCACASCUUCUGCCAGGCCUGCAUCACUUCAAACUAUGAGUCCAUGAUGAGUCAAAAAGGGGAGAGCAGCUGCCCUGUGUGCAGAAUCAGUUACCAGUUUGAGAACCUACGGCCUAAUCGGCAUGUGGCCAACAUAGUGGAGAGGCUCAGGGGCGUCAACCUGAACCCAGAGGAGGAGCAGAAGGUGUAUCACUGCGCACGCCAUGGAGAGAAACUCCUACUCUUCUGUCAGGAAGACAAGACAGUAAUUUGCUGGCUUUGUGAGCGUUCUCAGGAGCACCGUGGACACUCCACGUUCCUCUUGGAGGAGGUUGUCCAGGAGUACCAGGAGAAGUUUCAGGAAAUGUUGCAAAAUCUGAAGAGAUCCAAGGAAGAAGSUGAGAAGUGGAAAGUUGACAUCCAAACUGAGAGAACUUUCUGGAAGAACAAAAUAAAGAGUGAGGUGGAAAAUGUCCAGAUAGAGUUUGGAAAACUGAGAGACAUCCUCCAAUCUGAGGAGGAGCAGGAGAUUCAAAAGCUGAAGAACGAGGAGGAAGUUAUUAUGAACAGCCUGACAGUGUCUGAAAGUGAGCUGAUCCAGCAGAGUCAGUUGGUGAAAGAUUUCAUCUCAGAUCUGGAACAUCGGUUGGAAGGAUCAACAGUUGAGAUGCUGCAGGAUACRAAUGAUGUCAUGAGAAGGUGUAAGGACUUAAUGCUGAGGAAGCCACAAACUUUCCCCAAGGAACAUAGAAGAGUAUUCCAAGCUCCUGAUCUGAAGGGGAUGCUGCAGGUGUCUCAAGGUGAGAAGAGCUAGGUUAAGUGUGUGAUUCUAGUGGUGGCAG